ACUAUCACAAAAGAAGGUCAAAUAGCUUUCUUCCGGUUUUUACAUAUUUCUAAAAAAAAGACUGUUUUUCAAACAUAUAUUUCCUAAUGAAAUAGUUAAGAGAUUGAAGAAAAUUACAUUUUGAAAAAGUGACUAUGUUUGAAGAAUGAACACAAAUUAAGAAUAGUUAAAUAUUCAAGAUAAGAAAAAUCUGAAAUUCUAACAAAGUUUCGCUUCACUGAAUUUGAAUGUGAUUGGUCUAUUCAAAAGAAGUACAACAUGAAGAUUUUUGCUAUAAUAUCAAUAUAUUUUAUAUUAUCUGAGUCGUGCUACUUUCGAAAUGUUGAGGUAGAAGGAGAUUUCUACUUGGCAACAUUUCUUGCUUUUCACACUGACGAGUAUUGUACGGGACCAAUUUCCGAGGCUAUUUUAUAUCAAUAUGAAGCCUUAUUAUGGGCUGUUGAGAGAUUGAACAAUCAUUCCUUCUUUGGCAAAGAAAGAAUUGGUCUAAAGGUUUUCGAUACUUGUUUCAGUAAGUUUCAUACAUCAAACUAUCUAAUCGAUGAUAUAUUGAAACACGACACUUUGAAAAUCAAUUAUAUAAGUUCGCUAUAUAAUUGUUCGGAUACUGAGGACAACGUCGUUGGAAUUCUUGGACCAACUACUAGUGCUAUAUCCGAAACUAUAUCCACUUUUCUUAAAAAGACUAACACAGAAAUGGCAACUUUUGGAAUUUCCGCAACAUUGACUAGUCUUAGCAAUGAGGAAGUAUUUCCAAACUUUUUUCGAGUUGUUCCCCCGGAUAUAAUUCAAACUCAGUCUCUUGCUUCAUUAAUGGAAAAAUUUGGCUGGAAUUUUAUUCUAACGAUGAGUACAGACGAUUCCUAUGGAACGGAAGGUUUGAAAGAACUUCAUGAAAUAUUGAAAGAUAAAAAAAUUUGCUACAUACAAUGUCCUCUUAUAAAAAUUGGUAGAAUUUAUUGGCCCGAGUGGGGACAAAAGUUUUAUGAUGAAAUAUAUGAAAAAAUUAAUUUUGAAACUAUUGGAAUUGUAUUCUAUGGUCAACCGGAAACGUUUAAGACUGCUGUUGAAACCUUAGGACGAAAACUAAGAAACAAAGCUGCCAACUUAACGUGGAUUGUUACUGAGAGUUAUACUGAAGAAAUAAAAGAUAUGUCCCAAAACCCCGAUUUGGCCAAUUUUACUGUAUUAAAACUUGAAUUAUCCCAUACUUUAGGCCUAAAAGAGGUAAAUAGAUAUUUACAAGAGAAAUCUGGUGAUACCAUUAUGAAUCCAUGGUGGGCUGAAUGUCAACAGAAAAAAACAACAGGAGAUUGUUCACUGAAACAAUAUCACAAAUUUCCUCCAAAAUAUACCACAUCUGCUCUAGAUGCGCUUUAUUUUUAUGCCCAAGCCAUAAAAAAUGGGCUAAAUGAGAAUAAAUGUAAAACAUAUAGACAUUGUUUGGAAUUGAGGAGUCAUGUUAUCAAAUUUUUGAAAGGUGCUCAACUUGAUUAUAUUGGUCAACAAUGGAGUGAAGUUAUACCUGAGGAGUUUAAAGGCAGAAAUAUAUCACUUGACGAAACUGGUGACUUGAACUUGGACUCUAAAAAUGAAAUUUUGACAAUUAAAUCUUUUCAUUUAAAAGAAACAGAUGGAGAAGGUGAUAUUGUUGGUUAUAUUUCUAAAAAACUCCUGAACUUAGCUAAUGAAAAAUUAACAAAAACUCUAGUUGGAAAAUCACAAUGUCCUGUUGGAACAAAAUGUACACAGUAUUGCGAAGAUAAUACAAAGUUAAAACACGCUUAUGUUAAAUCUAAUGUAUCUACAAAGAAGAAUAAGAAGAAUAAGUCCAUUAUCAUUGCAAUACUUCCGAUUAAUGAGAAUUCUGAUAGAACAGAUCCUAAUGAAAUUGUUAAUUUGAAAUGUUCAAAUACUGCACGUAAAAAUUCAGCUGGUUAUCAACUGUUUGAGGCAUUUAAAUAUGCAAUUGAAAAAUAUUCUACCAAUUUGGAAGGUAUAGCAUUCGAUGAUUGUUACAAUCCUCUUCGGCCAGCUAAAAUAUUUACUGAUUUGCUUUCUGGUGAGGUAGCUGCCAUAAACAUAAAAGGAGAGCGUGUUACAGUCAAUAAAGAUGAUGUUAUAGCUAUUAUAGGGACGGAGAGUAGUGAUGUAACAAGAAAUAUUGCCCCGUUUGCUGAACAACUGAAAGUUGUUCAAAUUUCAUUUGGAGCAACUGCAGUUGUAUUUGAUAAUAAAAAAUUGUUUCCCAACUUUUUAAGAACUGUUCCAUCUGAUUCUGCCCAAGCUGAAGCUAUGGUAAAAGUUGCUGUAAAGCUAAACUGGAAAUGUGCAUGCAUUAUUCACACUACAAACCUAUAUGGUAAUGGGGGAGCUGAAAAGCUUGAGGAAUAUGCCAAAAAAUAUGGAAUUUUCAUAUCUUUUAAACGUAACUUUACAAGUCAAAAUGAAAAUGAGCCUUCAGGUUAUGAGUAUACACAAAUAAUUACUAAGCUUCAAGAUGAAAACUCUCCACACCAGAUCUUUUAUUUCGGCGAUAAUCAACCAGUUAAAGGCUUACUUGAAGAAUUGAAAAAAAUAAAGGAUUGGAAAAAAUUCCUUUUCAUAGCAAGUGAGUCAUGGGGCGAUAGUAAGUCAGUAGUUAAGGGAUCUGAAGGUGCUGCAGAAAAUGCUAUAACAAUAAAAAUAAAUUCUCCAACAGGGAAAGAUGUGAACAAAAAUUUGGACAAAUAUCUAGAUAAUAUAACUUUUAAAUUUCAUAAAAAUGUGAAUAAUCCAUGGUACAAUAAAUUUUAUCAAAAGAUAAAUGAGUGCUAUCUACAAGAAAGUUGGCAAAAACCAUUGAAUGCUAAGGAAUGUGCUCUUAACAUAUCACAUUCGAAAGUCGACAGAAGUGGUCGUCAAUUUUGCUAUCAUGUUAUAACAAGUGUUAUUGCAGUUAACGAAGCUGUAAAGUUAAUAAAUGCCCGCGGUGAUCAAAAAAGUGCCGCUGAAUAUAAAGAGUAUUUGAGACAAGAAAAACCGUUUUUAAAGAUUUUUAAACAAGCUGAACUCCCGAAUACGAAGGCUAAAAUAUUUAAUGAGGAUGGUAAUGGUAAAUCACUGUAUUCACUUUACUAUUACACCAAAAAGGAUAAAAACACAUAUGAAUACACACAUAUUGAAAGUCUAGAUUUCGAUAUAGGCAUCAUCAAACAGAAUUAUAAAGUGGUUAAUCAAUGUAAAGAUCCGCCUCUCCCUUCUCGAAACGUAUUACUCUUAGUUAUCAUUGUGAUGUCUUGCGCAAUGGGAGUAAUUGUUCUAAUUGCUUGUUCUUUCGGAAUAUAUAAAAUUGUAUCGUUUUUUUCUCGCACAAGACGCCCAAAAGAAGUAAUCAGAAAUCAAACAAACUUGGAAAUUCACAACUGGAUUAGUCAAACGAAUGACAUGGCUAGACCAAAUCAUCAAUUGCGUGGAGAUGAUGAUUCUAUAGCAUUCGAAAGUGUUGUUCAUUCGGCUCCAAGUGAUACGAAAGUUAGUUUUAUCUGAAACUGAAGGAAAACUUUUCAUUUUUUAAGCUUGUAAUACUGAAAAGUGUUGAUAUUUCUAUUUUUGCUUACUUAGCCAUUUUUUCGGUCAAUUAUGAAAGCAAGUCAAGAUAUAUACAUAUAUCAUAAUGUUUAUUGAGCUCUGUUCAAAAAGCUCUUUUCCUCUAACUUUUGCUUAACAUUGAAACUAAUUUAUUUACUUUUUGAUUUUUGAAACAAACAUUUAAAUAUACAACAAUACAUAUAGAUUUUUUUUCUUGAACAGUAAUUUGACAAAGCAAUAAUACA